AAGUCUCGCGAUGUUUCAGUGCUGGAGAGCAUAGUGGCGACGAGAAGUGGCGUGGGACGGAGUGAAGAGAGUUGUUAUCGAAGAAGAGGGAUCGCAGACAGAGGCAGGAGCAGAGCAGGGGGUGUGUGAGUGUGUUUGUGAGGUCAAAAAAAGGAGCACAACACGGCGUGAAUGAGAGAGGCAAGCUGGCGGAAUUCAACAUGGCAUCCGGAGAUACUCUGUACAUUGAGACAGACGGCUCGGAGAUGCCGGCCGAGAUCGUUGAGCUCCACGAGAUAGAGGUGGAAACGAUCCCGGUGGAGACGAUCGAGACCACGGUGGUCGGCGGGGACGACGACGACGACGACGAGGACGAAGACGACGACGACGACGACGGGCAGCCCAUGAUUGCUCUCCAGCCUCUGGUUACAGACGAUCCUAACUCCAUCCACCACCACCACCACCACCACCAGGAGGUGAUCCUGGUCCAGACCCGGGAGGAGGUGGUCGGUGGGGAUGACUCGGACCUGCAUACGGACGGGGGCAGCGGGUUCGAGGACCAGAUCCUCAUCCCGGUGCCUGCCCCUGGAGUGGAGGACGAGUACAUCGAACAGACUCUAGUGACUGUGGCCGGGAAGAGCUCCGUGGGUCGGGUGAAACGGGGAGGCGGCACAGGGGGCAAGAAAGCUGGCAAAAAGAGCUAUUUAAGCGGUGCGGAGGCUGGAGGAAGAAAAUGGGAACAGAAGCAGGUGCAAAUAAAGACACUGGAGGGGGAAUUCUCUGUUACAAUGUGGGCAUCGGGUGACCUUAAAGACAUCGACCAUGAGUCGGUGGUGGAGGAGCAGAUCGUCGGGGAUAACUCCCCUCCAGAUUACUCGGAGUACAUGACGGGCAAAAAGCUGCCCCCUGGUGGUAUCCCGGGGAUCGACCUCUCAGACCCAAAACAGCUGGCUGAGUUUGCCAGAAUGAAGCCCAGGAAAGUCAAAGAGGACGAUGCCCCCCGGACGAUAGCUUGUCCUCAUAAAGGCUGCACAAAGAUGUUCAGGGAUAACUCAGCCAUGAGGAAGCAUCUCCACACCCACGGACCUCGCGUGCACGUCUGCGCAGAGUGCGGCAAGGCUUUUGUCGAGAGCUCCAAACUCAAACGUCACCAACUCGUUCACACAGGGGAGAAACCCUUCCAGUGUACCUUUGAAGGCUGCGGGAAAAGGUUUUCUCUGGACUUCAACCUGCGCACACACGUGCGCAUCCACACUGGAGACCGGCCCUACGUCUGUCCCUUUGACGGCUGCAAUAAGAAGUUUGCACAGUCGACCAACCUCAAGUCUCACAUCCUCACACACGCCAAAGCCAAAAAUAACCAAUGAGAACCCACCCACCACCAGCGUCAAAAACCUACAGAGAAGAAAAGAAAGCAUCGGAAUUCUCUUGAAGAUGGAAAGAGAAAAAGACUUACUGAUUUAUAUGAAAAAAAUCUGACAGAUAAAGAGACUUAAAAAACACUGAAAUUCAGCUCGCUUUCCUGCGUCCCCUUUCUUCUGCUGUCACAUCAGAUGAGGAACACGGUGACUAUUCCCCAAAGCCCAGACCAACACGGUCCCUUUUUUGUUCUUCAGUGGCACUCAGCUUCCAGAAGAUGGAACUCACGGACAAACAUCAGAGACUUAUUUUUACCAGAGCGAGCUGAGGAAGCAGCAAUCUAUUAGUACUUUUAUUUUCUCACAUAGCUUUUAUUUUCCUCGAGUGUGCAUAUUGUACACUUGUCUCAGGCUAUGUUUAGUAAAAUGUGAUAAUUAUUUUUCCCCCUCCUGCAUUAUGAGAUCGUACCUAUGAUACAAAUGUUUCACAUGUAUGAGAAGUUUAAAACAGCUGUAUGUUUGCAUUUCCAUACCUUUGGUUGUAUUUUUCUCUAACCACAGAAUAACCUUGUAUACUUGUAUUGUAUGGCUGUAUUGGAAUUACGUAGACAUAGAUAGAGGUGUGAUUUAAAGUGUUAACCAAUUAAACUUUUAGUCAUGAGUUGCUUUAUAUUUUCUAUGAACUGACUUUACCCAGAUGAAUGAGAAGUGUACUCAGCUGAAGUAUCUGAAGCAAACAUGGAGUGGACUGCGAGACCAUCACUUUCUUUGUUAGAAUGUAAUGUACAGACGUCAACCAUUAACUUCCUUUGUUGAUAUUUACACUCAUGUAUCUCAGCUGCCCACAAUAAAAUGGGUCAUUCCAACCCUGAAGAAAUAUAAAA